UGUUUGGUUGGAUGAGCUGUUGCUCCUGCUGUUGACCACUGAGUGGGUGAGAGACCUCCCUCAGAAUGAACCUGCGUUGUUGCAUUUCAGACAGAAUGAAAGCAGCAGAAAUGAAGAUCAUCAACCAGGGCCUGGAGGACGAGAUGGAGGUGUGGGGCUACCGGCCCUGCCUGUGGAAGAGGGUCCUGGUGGGAGUCGGGGUUGUGUGCUCCGGCGGCCUCCUGCUGCUCCUGCUCUACUGGCUGCCCGAGUGGGGAGUGAAGGGAACCUGCACACACACCUCCCUGAGGGAGGCUCACACACUGCUGCUCAGGACCACGGAUGAAUUCAGACAGUGGUUUCGAGCCAAAGUACACGUCAUGCUGGCUCCGGGGAAGAAACCCUUCGAUGAUCUGGGUCUUCCGCUGCCAAAUGGAGACGGAGACCUCAGCGUCGGUGCUGCACAGGAGAAGUUUCCUCACAGGAAGCACACUCUGAUCCACUACUUCACCCACCACAGCACUAAAUACUACUGGAAUGAUGUGAUACAGAACUUUGAAUUGUAUAAAGGCCUGGAGGAUCUGAAUGUGAGCUGUGCAGGAGUGCAUUCUGACCACAGCUCUGGGCUUUCUAAAGCUCUGCAGGACUUCAGGAGGUUGUUUUUUGGCGAGAAUGAGAUCGCCGUCCGAGUGCCAUCUUUGUUCAAGCUGCUCAUAAAGGAGGUCUUGAACCCUUUUUACAUCUUCCAGCUCUUCAGUGUUAUUUUGUGGAGCACUGAGGAGUACUACUAUUACGCCAGCGCCAUAGUUUUCAUGUCAGUCAUUUCCAUUGCUACCUCAUUAUACACCAUUAAGAAGCAAUAUGUCAUGCUACACGACAUGGUGGCGGCUCACAGCGUGGUCCGCGUCUCGGUCUGCAGGGGGAGUGACGACAUCGAAGAGGCCAUGUCGACGGAGCUGGUGCCUGGUGACGUUAUCACCGUCCCGGCCAAUGGGAUGAUAAUGCCCUGCGACGCCGUCCUGGUCCAGGGGACCUGCAUCGUGAACGAGAGCAUGCUGACAGGAGAGAGCGUCCCGGUCACCAAGACAAGCCUGCCGUGCGCCGGCGAGGAGGCGGCGGCGGAAUACAGCCCGGACGAGCACAAGAGACACACCCUGUUCUGUGGCACCGUCGUCCUCCAGACCCGCUUCUACACCGGGGAGGCGGUGAAGGCCGUCGUGGUCCGAACGGGGUUUUGCACGGAGAAGGGCCAGCUGGUGCGCUCCAUCCUUUACCCCAAACCCACCGACUUCAGGCUGUACCGCGAUGCCUACCUCUUCCUGCUGUGCCUGGUCGGCGUGGCGAUGAUCGGCUUCAUCUACACCAUCGCCCUCAGCAUCAUGAACAAGGUUGACGCUAAAACCAUCGUUACUGAAUCGCUGGACAUCAUCACGAUCACCAUCCCCCCCGCCUUGCCUGCAGCCAUGACGGCCGGGAUCGUGUACGCACAGCGCCGUCUGAAGAAAGUGGGCAUCUUCUGCAUCAGUCCCCAGAGGAUCAACAUGUGUGGCCAACUUAACCUGGUCUGUUUUGACAAGACUGGGACUCUGACUGAGGACGGUUUGGACCUGUGGGGGAUUCACAUGGCUGAAGAUGGCAGCUUUUCCUCACCAGAGUCUGAGGCAUCUAAACGAAGCCUGGUGAACACCACGUUUGUGGCCUGCAUGGCAGCCUGUCACUCUCUGACCACGAUCGAUGGACAGCUCUCCGGAGACCCUCUGGACCUCAAGAUGUUCGGCGCCACCGGCUGGACCUUGGAGGAGCCCACAGAGGAGGAAACCGCCCUCCACAACCCCAUAAUGCCCACCGUCGUACGGCCUCCGAAGCACAGCAGCCCUCAAACCACGCAGAACGACGCGCUGCCUCAAAACGUGUCCAGUGAGAUCGGCAUCGUGCGGCAGUUCCCCUUCUCGUCGGCGCUGCAGAGGAUGAGUGUGGUGGUCCGGAGGUUGGGCCAGAAACACAUGGACGCCUUCCUGAAAGGGGCGCCGGAGGUGGUGGCCGGUCUCUGCAAACAGCACACAGUGCCGCAGAGUUUCACACAGACGCUGGAGACCUACACCCGGCAGGGCUUCAGGGUUAUCGCCCUGGCUCAUCGACAGCUGGAGUCUAAACUCUCCUGGCACAGAGUCCAGAGCCUCAGCAGGGAGCUGAUAGAAACCAACAUGGAGUUUCUCGGUUUAGUCAUCAUGCAGAACAAAAUCAAAGAGCAGACCGCCAGCGUUUUGUGUGAAUUGCAUCGAGCCGACAUCCGCACGCUGAUGGUCACAGGUGACAACAUGCUGACAGCAAUUUCGGUGGCUCGUGACUGCGGGAUGAUCCGUCCUCAUGAGAGGGUCAUCAUCGCCGACGCCGCGCCUCCGACCGACUCCCAGCCGGCCAGCAUCACCUGGAACUACACCGAGAGCGCCGCACAGCCGGGAGGAAACGAAACUGUGGAGAUAAACGUGGACGACGGGACUUAUCACUUCGCUGUGAAUGGAAAAGCUUUUGCAGUCAUCACUGAGCACUUCCCUCAGCUGGUCCACAAGCUCGUGCUGAGAGCCUCGGUGUUUGCUCGCAUGGCUCCAGACCAGAAGACUCAGUUGGUGGAAGUCCUGCAGAGCCUUGACUACACCGUCGGGAUGUGUGGUGAUGGUGCUAAUGACUGUGGAGCCCUGAAGCGAGCUCACAGUGGGAUCUCUCUGUCUGAGCUGGAGGCCUCGGUCGCUGCUCCCUUCACCUCCUCAGCCUCAAACAUCUCGUGUGUCCCCAACCUCAUCAGGGAGGGACGAGCCGCACUCAUCACGUCAUUCUGCGUCUUUAAGUUCAUGGCGCUCGCCAGCAUCAUCCAGUACAUGUCCGUCCUCUUCCUCUACUCGAUUCUAAGCAACUUGGGAGACUUCCAGUUCCUCUUCAUCGACAUCGCCAUCAUCCUCAUCACCGUCUUUACAAUGAGUCUGAAUCCGGCGUGGAAGGAGCUGGUGUUGCGGCGCCCGCCGUCCAGUUUGAUCUCAGGUCCUCUGCUCUUCUCGGUUCUGACGCAGAUCUUCACCUGCCUCGCCUUCCAGGCCCUCGCCUUCUUCUUGGUGCAGCAGCAGGGCUGGUACGAGACGUGGACGCCCCAGUCUGAUGCCUGCAAUGUUUCCAGGUGGAGCGACUCUCACAGCGUGAACGAAACGGGCAGCCACGACCACAAGAACAUCCGGAACUAUGAGAACACCUCCCUCUUCUACGUGUCGUGCUUCCAGUAUCUGGCCGUGGUCAUCGUCUUCUCCAAAGGAAAACCCUUCAGACAGCCCAGCUACAAGAACUGGCCGUUCAUGCUGUCCUGCGUCGCCCUGUACUCCUUCCUCCUCGUCAUCCUGCUCCAUCCUGUCCCCGCCAUCGACGGCUUCCUGGAGAUCGUCUGCAUCCCCCACGACUGGCGCGUCACUCUGGUCCUCAUUAUCCUCGGGAACGCAGCCGUCUGUCUCACGUUUGAGAUUUUGAUCCUUGACAACAUCUUGUGGAGGCUAGUUUUCAGAGACAGGUUUCAAGGGGCAGCUGGCAGCGCGGGGCCCCCGCUGGCCCGCACGCCGCAGGAGGCCAACGACCGCUGGGCUGCGUCCCUCCUCCCCCGGGUGUUUUGUCGCAGAAACCGGCCCCCCCGGGUGCGCUACCGGCAGCUGGCUCUGAAACUGCAGGAAGACGCCGACUGGCCCCCCAAACCCUCCACCACCGUCUACGCCAGCGAGCCGCAGACCUGCCUGUCGGAGCGCCUCUGACCCGUCGCCACACACUGAUUGCUGGAGCGAUGGAGGCUCGGAGGACGCAUUCACAAAGGAAGGUGGAGGACUCACACUGUUCUAAUGAUGAGCUAUGAGUGACCAGACCGGACUGAUGGAUUGGGGUUUUUUUUUAUCUACACUGCUGUAACAUGUACCAGAAAAAAAGUUCGCCUUUUUUCAGUAUUUCUUGAUAUAUUUUGUUUUUAACUUGUUGGGGUUGUGCCAGAUCUGGAAGUGUGCCAAUGAUCCAAAUACCUCCGUUUCAUUGCUUGGUUUCCUCACGAUGCUGAUCCAGAGUAGACGUUUCAUCCAGACUAACGCUAAAGCUUCACAUUGAUCUGCAGCCCCGAGAGGAUUCUGACCAUUUCUUAACACGCAACAAGUAGAAAAAUGAGAAUAUAGUGCAUCAAACGAGACGAAUAUUCAUCAUACAAGACGCACCUGCCACACAGAACCCAUCGUCCUGGGUAAUGGGUAGAUCACAGAAUGGAGUUCAGUCGAACUUAAAGGUAACUGGGAAGGGAAGCACAGCACCAGAGUUUGAUUCCCUGAGUGUCACAUCAGACCACCCAUUGUUUAUUUUUUUUUUUUCAGUGCUUCGGGUUUCUGAUUCAAACGAGGCUCGUUUUUCAUCCAGUCUGCUGUUUUCCCAUCACUCAGUUGCUGCUGUAACAUCAGGACUGUAAAUGGCCAAUCGGCCUCAGAGGAUCAUGGGAGUCAUGUUGGAUUUCCUGAGCUCGCCUCAUGCUGUUGUUUGUUUGACUAAACACUUCACCGCUGCAUUUAUUUUUCUUCGUGGAGUUGCUUCGGUUAAAAUUUCUUCCUGUGGGAGAGAGAUGUGGAAACCAAUGUGUCCCUUUUUUUUUUUUUUUUUUUUUAGUGCCAGAGGAAACCAAAAUGAAAUGUCCCAUGAAUGCAUCCAAUAAUAUCUGUGCCCCGUUUUUGAAAUUUUAAAUGUAAUCUUGAAAUACCGUUCACUACAUUGCUCAGCAUCACAACAGGUACGCUGCAAAACUGAUGAAUUAACCGACUGAUGUCGAUCACCGACACGUCUCACUGUGAAAAAGUUGAUUUAAAAAGGCCUGAUUUUUAUAUUUCUUAUGUAACUCUGUCAUAGACAUAUUUUUCUAGUCAAUUUUAUAAAACAGUGUAAUAAAUGAUACUGUAAUUUUUUUUUAACGGAAUUUCUAAUCGUCUUACUGCUUAUUUUAUU